AAAACAGUAGGCUUGUAGACAAAAAUAGUGUAUUUUGCAAGCCCGAGCCAAUCUUUGUCGACAAGUUGCCGCCCUUUUAGACCACAUCGAACCUAAAGAAGGGAGUGGACCACCAGAAUGAACGGCGAAUCAGGUGCAGGGGUGGUGACUGCCCCCCCUCCCACCAACCCUCCCCACAAGGAGCGUUAUUUUGACCGUGUGGAUGAGAGCAGUCCUGAGUACCAGAGAGAGAGGAACAUGGCCCCUGACCUCCGACAGGACUUCAACAUGAUGGAGCAGAGGAAGAGGGUCUCCAUGAUACUGCAGAGCCCUGCGUUCUGUGAGGAGCUGGAGACGCUGAUCCAGGAUCAGAUGAAGAAGGGAAAAAAUCCCACUAGCCUGCUGGCUCUGCAGCAGAUUGCUGAUUUUAUGACCACUAGUGCACCCACGAUGUACCCAGCAGCACCACAAGGAGGCAUGGCUGCCCUCAACAUGAGUCUGGGUAUGGUGACUCCGGUGAAUGACCUGCGUGGAUCAGACUCUAUAGCCUAUGAGAAAGGAGAGAAGCUGUUGCGCUGUAAACUGGCCGCUUUCUACCGUCUGUCAGACCUGUUCGGCUGGUCCCAGCUCAUCUAUAACCACUUAACUGUCAGGCUGAACUCCGAGCAGGAGCGUUUUCUGAUUGUUCCUUUUGGGCUUCUGUUUAGUGAGGUCUCCGCCUCCAGCCUGGUGAAGAUUAACCUGCAGGGGGAGAUUGUAGACAGAGGCAGCACUAACCUGGGAGUUAACCAGGCUGGCUUCACUCUUCACUCCGCCAUCUACGCUGCCCGCCCCGACGUCAAAUGCAUCGUCCACAUCCACACGCCCGCCGGAGCUGCCGUGUCGGCUAUGAAGUGCGGCCUGCUGCCCAUCUCUCCUGAGGCCCUGUCGCUGGGCGAGGUGGCUUACCACGACUACCACGGUAUUCUUGUGGACGACGAGGAGAUGAAAGUCAUUCAGAAGAACCUUGGCCCUACAAGCAAGGUGAUGAUUCUCAGAAACCACGGCCUGGUGUCAGUAGGGGAGACUGUUGAAGAGGCAUUUUACUACAUCCGUAACCUGGUCACUGCGUGUGAGAUUCAGGUGCGUACUCUGGCCAGUGCUGGUGGUCCUGAUAACCUGGUGAUGUUGGACCCAGAGAAAUACAAAGCCCGGCCACGGCACCCAGAGCCGGCAGAGGAGGGGUCUGGUCAGCCCAAAUGGCAAGUUGGAGAGCAGGAGUUUGAGGCCCUGAUGCGCAUGCUGGAUAACCUGGGUUACAGGACAGGUUACCCUUACCGUUGCCCCGCGCUGCGUGACAAAGCUAAAAAGUACAGUGACGUAGAAAUCCCUCCGUCAGCCAUGGGCUUCUCCUAUGCGGAGGACAGUGACUCGGGCACCCGCUCUCCUCUCAAACACAGCUUUCAGAGGCAGCAGCGCGACAAGGCUCGCUGGCUCAACUCCGGGCGGCCGGACGAAGCCUGCGAAGACGGGCCCGAUGGGGGCAGCCCGAAGGCGAAGACUAAGUGGACCAAGGAGGAGAGCCUUCGUCAGGCCGCUGUGGCCAAUCAGUUUGUUCCUCUCAACACAAAUCCCAAAGAGGUCCAAGAAAUGCGCAAUAAGAUCCGUGAGCAGAACCUGCAGGACAUUAAGACCGCAGGCCCACAGUCCCAAGUGCUGUCUGGAGCCAUAGUGGAUCGUUCCUUUGUGCAGGAUGCUCCUCUGUCUGACUGUACGGAGACAAUCGAAGGCCUUGACAUGUCAGAGCAGAACUAUAGCCCUGCUAGGUCUAUUAGAAAGGGGGAGCUUGUGACGGCCUCCAAAGCCAUCAUUGAGAAAGAGUACCAGCCUGUGGUUAUUGUUAGUAAGACUGGACCGAACCCCUUCACCAAGCUCACCGACCAGGAACUGGAAGAGUACCGUAAGGAGGUGGAGCUCAAACAGAAAGGCCCGGAAGAUCAGACCCAGGAGCCUGAAGAGGAAGUUAAGGAUCCAAGCCCCACCCGCACCCCGCCUAGCACCCCAAUCAGAGCAGAGGAAGAGGUGCAGCAGGAGCAGACUCUGAAAGACGACAGUGAUCCCGCCACUUUAAGACAGACCCUGCCUGACCUCACCCCAGAUGAACCCUCUGAAGUCGCCGCUCUUCCUGCAGAAGAUCCCGCCCCCACCCAAACAGUCCCCGCCUCCCAGCCAGAGGGGGAGGAGCCUGUUGCCCCCGACGACACAGCGGACGCAGCUGCCGGCGACCAGGGCAGCGACGAAUCUCCCAGCAAAUCCCCCUCAAAGAAGAAGAAGAAGUUCCGCACUCCCUCUUUUCUCAAGAAAAACAAAAAGAAGACCGAGACUUAGGGAGAAGUCCGCCGCAACAACGGGCCACAUCCAUCCUCCUUCUCCUCCAUGAUUUGUCUCUUUCAUUUGUUCUCUUGGCUUUUAUCUUGUGUUGAC